AUGGCUUCUUCAACUCCAUUCCUCACCAUCUCCCUCGUCGCCUUCCUCUUCUUCAUUACAGUCUCUGCAGAUCCCGACAUGCUCCAAGACCUCUGUGUCGCUGAUCUCUCCUCCGGAAUCAAAGUCAACGGUUUCCCUUGCAAAGACGCAGCUACUAUCACAUCACUAGAUUUCUUCUCACAAGGAAUAGCGAAUCCAGGUCUCACCAACAACACAUUCGGAGCCUUAGUCACAGGAGCCAACGUGAUGACCAUCCCUGGUCUCAACACGCUCGGUGUCUCCCUCGCUCGCAUUGACUACGCGCCAGGUGGCUUAAACCCACCUCACAUUCACCCACGUGCCACCGAAGUAGUCUACGUCCUCCAAGGAACACUCGACGUUGGGUUUUUAACGACCGCUAAUAAGCUCAUCUCUCAGUCUCUCAAGAAAGGUGACGUCUUUGCUUUCCCUAAAGGACUUGUUCAUUUCCAGAAGAACAAUGGUCAUGUCCCUGCUUCUGUUAUCGCUGCUUUUAAUAGUCAGCUUCCUGGAACUCAGUCUCUUGGUGCUACUCUGUUCGGUUCUACUCCUCCUGUUCCUGAUAAUGUCUUGGCUCAAGCGUUUCAGACAUCUCCGGGAACUGUUAAACACAUCAAAACCAAGUUCCAACCCAAGAUGUGAUGAUACUUUUGGUUCUGUUUUUUUUUUUCUAAAGGAAUGAUCUGUUCUCCUUUUUUUCUUAAUAUUUAUCUUGUGGAAUAAAACCCAAUAACUGCUCUUUGAGUGUGCAUUUGAGCUUCAUUGUCUUAUGUAUUAUCUUCUGUAUAAUCCAAGUUAUUUUUCUGUUUGGUGUCACGUUAAUUGGAUAAAGCCAAGGUAAGUUGAUGUCCUGAUGAUGAUAAUCUUAUUU